AUGUGUUUAUCAUCGUUUGGUUUAUCCGCUUCCGGAUCCUUCCCACCGCCUCAAAUAUCUUUGGUCAACGUUAUCUCUCUUUUCUUCCACAAACCUCUCAUCGCUUUUUCGCCCCUGCUGUUUUUGCGUAGUCCGAUUAUUAGUGGUGAGCAACUCGACAUCGAGGGGAUCGCGGUGCCUAAAGAAGUUGUCGUGUUCGCCGCCAGUGCAGUCGUCGGUGUCGCCGCGAAGCGCUUCAGAGAGCUGCGUUCACCCACCAGAAAAGCGCUUCAGAGAGCUGUGUUUUACUUCAAAGAACCGAUUCGGUGUCUGCUCAUCGGAUCUACUCGGAGCUUUCACACAUGGAACUCGUAUGAAAUUGUACAACUGAUUACAACGUACAAGACGUCCUCCGUCGUCUCGCCGAUUCCGGUGUUCUCCAGCUUCACCGCCAAUCAGACGAUCCUUGAUGCCUUCAUAAUGUAG